UGUUUGAACAUACAACAACUAUUUAUUUUGUAUGUUAGUUUCAGAUACAAAUUUACAAUCUGAAAAGAAAUUUGAGUUUUAACUGAAGUUUUUUGAUGAUCUCACGAGCCUUGAGAAUCAGAAAAGCUGCCUCCUUUCUUGUUAAUUCGUCUAAAGCUGGAGCCUUCAUUCAUGGCUCAUCCGAAAACGAAGACCAUACCAAGCUCUCUCAACUUGAUACCAUUGUUUCUAAAGUACGAUUAUCCAACUCCAACAGCGUUGAUGAUAUUGUUAAAUCUCUUCUAAACGAUCAGCAAUGUAAUAGCUUUAACCUAUCUGACAACCUCGUUGAUGGGUUGCUUAAUCGGUUUAAGGACGAUUGGAAAUCUGCGUUGGGAGUUUUCAAAUGGGCAGAGUCGCGUUUAGAUUAUGAACACAACCCAGAUGGGUACGACUUGAUUCUUGACAUACUUGGAAAAAUGAAGCAAAUGGAGACGAUGAUGAUGAUUUUGCAGGAAAUGGGUACUCGUAAUUUGGUCACACUUAACACCGUAGCUAAAGUUAUGAGAAGAUUUGCUGGUUCUGGGAAGUGGGAAAAUGCAGUGAAGGUGUUUGAUGAAAUGGGUACUUACGGAUUGGAGAAGAACACUGAAUCCAUGAACUUGUUGCUUGAUACUCUUUGCAAAGCAUGUAAAGUGGAGCAAGCUCGUGGGAUUUUUUUGGAGUUGAAACCACAUAUAUUGCCAAAUGCUCACUCUUUUAAUAUACUCAUUCAUGGUUGGUGCAAAAUUCGUAGGGUUGAGGAGGCUUAUUGGACAAUCCAGGAGAUGAAAGGUCAUGGCUGCCAUCCUUGUGUCAUUAGCUACUCAACUAUAAUCAAGUCUUAUUGUGGCCAACAGAAAUUUGACAAUGCCUAUGAAAUGCUCGACGAAAUGAGAGUUGAAGGGUGUCCACCAAAUAUUGUUACUUAUACUACUGUCAUGAGUUCUCUGGCCAAGUCAGAGAAGUUUGAUGAAGCUUUACAGAUAGCCAAGAGAAUGAAAUCAGAUGGGUGUAAGUUAGAUACACUGUUUUAUAAUUCUAUGAUCCAUAUUCUUGGAAGGACUGGCAGAGUAAGAGAUGCUGUGCUAGUUUUUGAAACUGAAAUGCCUAAUACAAGUGUUGAACCUAAUACUUCGACCUAUAAUACAAUGAUUGCUAUGUUUUGUUACCAUAAUCAAGAACAGAAGGCCUUGAAUCUCCUUGCAAAGAUGGAAAGUUCUGGGGUUUGUAAGCCUGAUGUUCAGACAUACUAUCCAUUGCUUAAAUCUUGCUUUAGAAAUGGCAAAACAGAUGAUUGUUUAAAGAAAUUGUUGGAUGACAUGGUGAACAGACAUCAUCUUAGCUUUGAUAUGUCAACUUAUACACUUUUAGUUCAUGGACUCUGUCGAGCAAAUAAAUGUGAGUGGGCUUACCUCCUCUUUGAGGAGAUGAUUGGUCAAGGACUGAUGCCAAGAUAUAAGACAUGUCGUUUGCUUUUGGAAGAGCUCAAACAGAAGUACAUGUAUGAUGCUGCUGGGAAGAUUGAAGACUUCAUAAAAAAGAUGUAAACAUCUAAAAGAAAGGAUAACAACAUGCAAAGUUCAUUUGUAUUAUCAAGAAAACUACUCAGAUUAUGAGAAUCAUUCUCGUGAUCCAAUAGUAAGUGAGGACAGAUUAGGUAAGACCAAAAAACUAGUCCAAGAACAAGAUCCACUUGGUCUCCUAAUAUCUUACCUUUCCAUGAACCAUGCCAUGUGCUAGAUGGUCCACUUUUAUGAUUUGUUAAAUCAUUGUUAAAGAUUUUAUGACUUCUGUAAUAAUAUCUCUUUGAAGACCAUUGCUUCCCA